CCUUACAAACACGCGCGCGCUCAAAGUAGCAGCUGUAGUAUCAACGGGGCCUUCACAAAUCACACAUCAACUCAACAAACAUGUCCGCCCCAGGUGCAGAUGACUCUGGUUCUGCAGGGAUGUCUGGGAAUAACCGCAGACUGCAGCAGACACAGGCACAGGUGGAUGAGGUGGUGGACAUCAUGAGAGUGAACGUUGAUAAGGUCCUGGAACGAGACCAGAAGCUGUCUGAACUGGAUGAUCGUGCCGAUGCCCUGCAGGCCGGUGCUUCCCAGUUUGAGACCAACGCCGCCAAACUCAAGAGGAAGUACUGGUGGAAGAACUGCAAGAUGUGGGCCAUUUUGAUAGCCGUGGUUGUUGUCAUUAUUGUCGUCAUUAUCAUCUGGACGCAGUCAUAAAGUCAGAAAUCUGGUUAUGAUUGGAAGAAAAGAUCAGGAUAUGAAGUAGUAUCGACUUCAGAAGGAAGAGAGAUAUAACGAAUGAAUGAAUGCUCUUCCAAUACGUUCUAACCUGCUGAUUUUCAAAAGAAUAUCUUGUAAACUAUCCUCAAUGGGUUUUUUUUUGUUUUUUUUAGGUGUUGUUUUUAAUAACUAGGAUUUGAAUAUGUUUCAGAAUGCCAUUUCCAUACACAUCUAACACACUCCUCUGUGCAAACCACAGAACUAUGACUGACAGUGUACAGGUUACAAAAUGAUCCAAAACCAUAACGCAUACUUUCAUGAUAAUAUGAGUCAUUUCGCUAUCAUUUGGAGGCCAAAACAUAUUGACCAAAACUCUUGUUGUGAAAGCCAUUUGCCAAGAUCUCAUUUAUGAAUCCCUCAUGGACUCUUUCAGUGGACGGCAGUAAUCAGACACUCUUGUUUUGGCUGCGUCAGAGUCUUUCUGUGCCUGCGUCAGAGUCUUUCUGUGCCAACAAGACAUAAGAACCUUUCCUGAACAACCACAGACGUGCCUUUAAACAACUCCACUGCCAUCCCGUAACAAUGUAAGUUUGAUAUCUUCUUCAAAGAUUGAAUUUUGAAGUGAUAAUUCACUAAUAAUUUAACUGCAUUAUAUGUGUUGCCUUAGGUAGAAAUAGUUUGCUAGGAAAUAUCUUUGCUCACCUCUCGCUCACGGUGCCAAAACAUUUUAUUUUUGUUUAUCUGAGCUUUUUUUGUAUGUAUCUCUUUGUAUAUCUCACAUGUGUAUACAUUGUAAACAAAUGCAAUUCUAUACUGUGGCCUUACAAACUGUUAAGCCUGUUGAAUUGCCCGUGUUGGCUCAAUAAAACACAGAUUUAACAUCC